GCGCGGCGCCGACGCCGAGGCGCGGCCAUGGAAGGGAAGCCCCGCGCCGGGGUCGCGCUGGUCCCGGGGCCGAGCGGCCACGGGCCUUCCGCUCGCCGCCUCCGCCCGGGGCUGCUGCUCCCCGGCCUCUGGCUGCUGCUGCUGGCCGGGCCGGCCUCGUGCGCCCCAGAUGAGAUCUAUCUGAAACAGCAGCACAACCUUUCUUCACCCUCCAUGGAGUUCCUGCUGGAGACCAGCGCGGCGCGCAGCCCUGCCCUUAUGGCCUUAACAGAGACUGCUCCAGGGUCCCAGGCAAGCUGGUCUCUCCUCCUGCCCUCCUCUUCAUCUGCCAUUGCUUUGGACACCACCUUUUUAAACUAUGGUCCACAGACCCCAAGCGCAGCAGAUCCCAGCAUCUUUGUGGCGAAUUAUGGCUCAGUGACGAGUAACGAGGUAGCCAUUGAUGAGGAGGAAAUGGACAACUGUCUACCAGAGGCUCCCUGGACCACUUCACAGAUGGUUUUCCCACUGCAGGAUCUCACCACCAGCCCGCCAGAGCCGCCCCAGGAAACGCCUGCGCCUCUGCUCACCCCAUCUAGACCCACAAUUUCUUUGCUGGGUGAAGAAGUGACUUCAGCCUGGCGAAACACACUGCAGCCAUCAGGGGCAUAUGCUGAAUCCUCCAGUCACUUCAACACUUUUGGGUCAGCUUUUCCCACCUCCGAGGGCUUCAUGCCAACUCCUAGUAGGAAUGUGGUGCUUUAUCCUACUCCUGAAAUUCACAGCCAGUUAUCAAGUAGGACUUUGCCAGAAUUUUCAGCUUCAGUAAUGGAGGAGGCAGCAACUCUCCUUUUUAGCAUCCCAUCUUUGAUGCCUCAGCCGUCAGGCGAUGGCAUGACUCAACAGCCAUCUGUCCCCCCGAGGGAGGUCUCGCCGCCUCUAGAAGAUGUCCUGGCCACGAGCACAGAUCGGUAUCCGGCUAGGACCUCUGCUUGGAGUCAACAUCUAGAAGAAACCACCCCUCCAAAAGUGUAUCCCACUGUAACUGUGUCGCGGACAGCCCCUGCUUUGAGCAGCAUACCUUUUGCUUUAUUUUCAGACUCUUUGGCAUUUGUGUCCUCUGCUAGCCAGUCAGCGGAUGUGUCCCACAGCCCCUUCCUUUCGAGCAGUGCUGGCGACGUGUCUGAACUGCCUGGCAGUUCUGUGGUCUCCCCUUGUGUGGAUGACGCGUGUGUCUUGAGCCCAGUGGCCGCUCUCCGACCGCACACUUGGUGCACGUCUUGUGCUGAGAUGUCACCUCAGCCAGGUCUGGCCACGAGUCUUACGGGGAAAGACCUGGGGUCAGGAGAUGAGCCAGAGACCAUGACCACAGCCACGGUGGACCGAAGCCACUCUCCGUGGAGCAGUGUGGGUGCAGAGCUCUCUGCAUUUGAAGAAAAUCCUCAAGAGUUUAAUACGCUUUUCCCCUCCAGGCCUGUUCUGUCCCUUUCUUCCAGAUCUGUGGACACCUUAGACUCAAGCUCUGGCAUGUCAGCUAGGGUGGAUGUGGACACUGUUACCACCACCCAGGGGUCCCCUCUCCAUGACCGCUUCUCCCCAUCUGUGUCACCCGAUCCUGCUUUGGACUCUUCCUCUGUCACCCAGGCCCAAGAGACACCAUUCAGUGUGACAGCUGUGUUUCCCUCUGUGGUCCCGAGUAUUUCCCUUGACUUGUUUUUCUCAGUCACGUCCAACCAAAAUACUCCAUCAAAUGCUGGCAGAGACCCAACCCCGCUGACCUCUUAUAGUUUGGUUGGCUUAGUGGAGUCUAUACAUAUGUCUGACCAAGAAUCUACCAGUGUUUUUGAACAUGGAUCGGGCUUUUAUUCAACCCCACCUCUGGAGCUCAGCAGCCCAGGCCCUUCUACUUCAGAGGGUCUUGCUUCUCCCUCUGGGAUGUCAAGUGAUCUGUCCGCCUUCAAGUUGCAGACCUUCCCCACCCUGGUUGAGACUCUUACAUUGUCUGUCAGCUCGCAGUCAUCUCCACUUUCUGUUCUGAAUUCCUCAAACCUGGAGUCUCUUCAGCCCUGGCCAAGUUCAGAGGUGGCUUUCAACACAGUCACUUUUCUAUGGAACCUCUCCGCCGCAUCGCCAUUACUCUCAAGCUCCCCCUGGAACUCUCUCAAGUUCACCAAAGCAUCGACCAAUUUGCCAAUGGAGUCAGAUGCUCAUUUUACCUCAGCUUUUACUGAAACUACCUCCACUUCUGAGUUUCCUCUCAUUCCCCACGAAUCUGAACUCAUCACAUUCGUGCUCGCCACCGGCUCUGAGCCUGUUCUCGACCUCUCUUCUACCGAGACUUAUUUCCUGCCCAUGUCUCCUUCUUCCCAUUGGACACCCAUUUUUAUGGAGUCUUUUCUAUCCUCAACUUUGACACCUUCCAAUAGCCAUAUCCACACUACAGAUGCGCACACAUUGGGCUUCCCCUCCUCCAAAGUUACUCCCAGCAGUACAGAGUUGUUGACCCAUGUGACCCUGUCAUCUGUCUCCUCACUGGUUCCUGAGUUGAGUCCCUCCCCUUUGCCUACAGAGACAAUCCCCAUGCGUCCAUCCUCCACACCCACAGAUUUCUUCCCAAAUUCCUCCCCUGCGCCAAGCACGCCCAGUACCACUGUUGCCAUAGAGGAUGCAGUAGACACUGGCCCCAACAGUGAUCGUGUAAGUGAGAACCCCGAGGGGAGCAGUGUAGCUCCUCCUCUGCCAUCCUUCGGUCCCUGGACCACCUCCAUUCCUGAAGCAACAGUGGGGAUCCCAACAUUGGUCACCACCAAGCCACCGUAUGUGUGUGAUAUUACAGUUCCGGACGCUUACUUGAUCACAACUGUGCUGGCCCGUCGGGCGGUGCAGGAGUACAUCAUCACGUCAAUUAAGGAAGUGCUGAGGAUCCACUUCAGCAGGGCAGUGGAGCUAAAGGUGUAUGAACUAUUCCCUGACUUCACAUUCCUGGUAACAUCUGGACCUUUUGUUUACACGGCAAUAUCAGUCAUUAAUGUCCUCAUCAAUAGUAAACUUGUCCGAGACCAAACUCCUUUAAUCCUGUCUGUGAGACCUUCCUUCCUCGUACCUGAGUCCAGGUUCCAAGUUCAAACAGUGCUUCAGUUUGUGCCUCCAAGUGUGGAUACUGGUUUUUGCAACUUCACCCAGCGCAUUGAGAAAGGUCUGAUGACGGCACUCUUUGAAGUGAGAAAACAUCAUCCAGCCCCCUACAACCUCACGGUGCAGAUCUUGAACGUGACUGUUGGUUCUUCGAGGAUGGCUCCUCGGCGGGGCCCAGUGAAUAUUAUCUUUGCUGUUAGAGGCACACAAGGAUUUUUGAAUGGGUCAGAGGUGAGCGAGCUGCUCAGGAACCUGAGUGUGGUGGAAUUCAGCUUCUAUCUGGGGUACCCGGUGCUGCAGAUUGCAGAGCCUUUCCAGUACCCACAGCUCAACCUGUCUCAGUUAUUGAAGUCUUCUUGGGUCAGAACAGUCCUUCUGGGUGUGGUGGAGAAGCAGCUCCAGAACGAAGUGUUUCCGGCUGAGAUGGAGCGCAAGCUGGCCCAGCUGCUGAGCGAGGUGCCCACCGGAAGGCGCCUGUGGAGGAGGGCCACGGUGGCUUCUGGGAACAGCGUGGUGCAGGUGGUGAACGUGUCCAGGCUGGAGGGAGAUGACAACCCAGUACAGCUCAUCUACUUCGUGGAGGAUCAAGAUGGAGAGAGACUCAGUGCAGCUAAGUCUUCAGAUCUGAUCAACAAGAUAGACCUUCAAAGAGCAGCCAUUAUCCUGGGGUACCGAAUUCAAGGCGCAAUUGCCCAGCCCGUGGACAGGGUGAAGAGACUGUCCCCAGAGUCUCAGAGCAACAACCUGUGGGUUAUCGUGGGCGUGGUCAUCCCGGUGCUGGUGGUCAUGGUGAUCGUCAUCAUCCUCUACUGGAAACUCUGCCGCACGGACAAGCUGGACUUUCAGCCUGACACGGUGGCCAACAUCCAGCAGAGGCAGAAGCUGCAGAUCCCGAGUGUGAAGGGCUUCGAUUUUGCUAAGCAGCAUCUGGGCCAGCAUAAUAAAGAUGACAUCCUGAUUAUUCACGAGCCCGCGCCGCUGCCAGGACCAGUGAAGGAGCACACCACACCCUCUGAGAACGGAGACGUGCCCAGCCCCAAGGCCAGGAUCCCCGCCAAGAACGCCCGCCACAGAGGAAGAGUCUCCCCCUCAGAUGUGGACUCGACGGUCAGCGAGGAGUCGAGUGAAAGGGACGUGGGGGACAAGACGCCAGCCGUGGCCCCCGAGGGCAAGGCCCACCGAGCCCCACAGAGCGCACCCCCGCUUCCCAGUUCAGGGACUGAGCAGCACUCCUCCGCUUCUAUCUUUGAGCAUGUGGACAGGCUCUCGCGCUCGUCUGAGGCCAGCCGGCGGGUCCCCAGUAAGGUGCAGCUGAUUGCCAUGCAGCCCAUCCCGGUGCCCCCUGCCCAGAACCCCGUGCUGGCCAGCCGAGUGGCUGAGACCAACAAGAUCAACAAGGAGAUUCAGACAGCGCUGCGGCACAAGUCCGAGAUUGAGCAUCACCGCAACAAGAUCCGGCUGCGUGCCAAGAGGCGCGGCCACUACGAGUUCCCGGUGGUGGACGACCUGUCCUCGGGGGACACGAAGGAGCGGCACCGCGUGUACCGCCGCGCGCAGAUGCAGAUCGACAAGAUCCUGGACCCUACGGCCAGCGUGCCCUCGGUGUUCAUCGAGCCCCGGAAGAGCUCGCGGAUAAAGCGGUCACCCAAGCCGCGCCGGAAACACCAGGUGAACGGGUGCCCCGCCGACGCGGAGAAGGACCGGCUCAUCACCACCGACAGCGACGGCACCUACCGCCGGCCGCCCGGGGUGCACAACUCGGCCUACCUGGGCUGCCCGUCUGAUCCUGACCUCCCAGCCGAGGUGCAGACGCCAUCAUCCACCGAGCUGGGCAGGUAUCCGGGCCUGCCCUUCCCGGCCUCGCAGUACAUCCCGCCACAGCCGUCCAUUGAGGAGGCCCGCCAGACCAUGCACUCCCUCCUGGACGACGCCUUCGCCCUCGUGGCCCCCAGUAGCCAGCCUGCCAACGCCGCGGGCCCGGGCCCAGGGGCCCCAGCCGGCCUGCCAGUCAGCAACACCCCUUCCCGGGAAGAAAGGCGAGCCGCCCAAUGGGGAUCCUUCUACAGCCCAGCCCAGACAGCCAACAAUCCCUGCAGCAGAUAUGAAGACUAUGGUAUGACUCCCCCGUCUGGCCCAUUGCCAAGACCAAAUUUUGGCCCUGGGUUGCUGCCGUCUUCAGAGGUGGUGGCUUCUGAGCCCCCGCAGCCUCAGGCAUCAGCCGAAGCUCCGUUUGCUGCCCGAGGGAUCUACUCUGAAGAUAUGCCAUCGGUGGCCCGGCCUCGGCCUGUCGGGGGUACGACAGGCUCCCAGAUCCAGCACCUGACGCAGGUGGGGAUUGCUAGCCGAAUCGGGGCCCAGCCCGUGGAAAUCACACCUGGAAGAGGCAGCCAGUACAGUGGACCAGGCUGGCCUGCAUAUGCGGAGGAGGAAGCGGGACGAAGAGAAGCUACCCACAUGCUCGGACAUCAAGAGUAUUCUUCUUCACCGCUGUUGCAGGUGCCAAGGACUUCGGGCAGGGAGCCCUCGGCUCCGCCCGGGAGCCUCGCACCCCGGGGACUGCAGGGCCCUGGGCUGGGGUACCCCACCAGCUCCACCGAGGACCUCCAGCCCGGCCACUCCUCAGCCUCCCUCAUCAAAGCGAUCCGCGAGGAGCUCCUGCGGCUCUCCCAGAAACAGAGCGCCGUGCCCAACUUCCACAGCUGAGGCCUCCCCUCUGCAGCUUUGCCAAGUAUCCGCUUCCCGUGGAAGCAAGAUCAACAGGAACUGGACUGAGCGCGUGCGUGCUUGGAACAGGAAACGAGUGUCAUCUAUCUCCCAGGGCCCGCUGCCCACCCGAGGAAGGGCACAAGGUUCAGUGCUAGACAAUGCCACCGGUCGCACACCAACCCCUGAGACUUUUAUACUAGGUUGACAAGGCGGUUCAGUUCAGCAGAUGUGUACUUUUGGCCCAAAGCUAGCAGAACUUCACAAAAACAAAACACAAACCCAAGCUAACAAAAAACACAUGCUGGUAGUCUGCUUUGUGAAGGUGAAAGGUUAAAGUGUGUCACUGGUUCAAGGCUGAGAGGAGCUGAGCAUGUCCAUGGGCUCACAGAGUCGCGUGCAAUCAUACACUGCUGCUCUGUUUGCUAAGAAGAGAGAUCUGAAGACAUUUUAUUAACCGCUUCAUUCCCUUCUUUUCCUCCAUAGGAACUUAUUUUAAAAAUAAUAUUAACAAGAAUACUAAGACUGUUUGGAAAUAAAACACAAAAAGGUACUCGUGAGAAACCACAUGAUAGAUUGUAGAACCUGAUGAGGAUUCCCAAUGAAGCCAUCGCCUCCAUUUCCAUCCUCCUCUUCCUCUUCCUCCUCCUCCUCCUGGUGCUAAAGUUCAAGGGCCCUUCACUUUUCUGACUGGGAAAUGCAGUGUUGGCUUUUGCAAGUGGGAGACUAUGUUGAAGGUUUCAUUUUGUUCUAGAAAGAACAAAAAAACAAAACAAAUCCUCCCAAAUUGGGGGAGAGGGGAUGACAAGGAGAGGACUUAAUAUUUAUUUGGUUAUUCAAAAAUACGUAUUGAAGUUUAGGUUUGCAUUCUUAAUUGUAUUUACUGUUUAUCAGUUGGUUAUGAGCAACUCUUAACCCACGUUAGCACAGCCAUUAGGGUCCAGACCCCAGAGUGAGGCUGUCAGGAAAUCCUAACAUAGAUCCUUGUUCUUUGCUGGACAUCUGCUCCCAAGUGAUCUUUAAAUGAGAAGUCAAAUAUGAAGAUACAUUGUUCAUAAU